CCUACUAUGGCUGGUGGCCUAUUUUCUAUUGACAGAAACUACUUUGAAGAGAUAGGAACUUACGAUGCAGGAAUGGAUAUCUGGGGUGGAGAAAAUCUUGAAAUGUCUUUUAGGAUUUGGCAAUGUGGAGGCUCAUUGGAGAUUGUGACUUGUUCCCACGUUGGUCAUGUUUUUCGGAAGGCAACUCCAUACACUUUCCCUGGAGGCACUGGUCAUGUCAUCAACAAGAACAACAGGAGACUGGCAGAAGUUUGGAUGGAUGAAUUUAAAGAUUUCUUCUAUAUCAUAUCCCCAGUUCUAGAGGCUGGGAAGCCCAGGAGCAUGGUGUCACUGUCUAGCAAAGGACUUCUUACU